UCUUCUUCUCUGCAGGGAGGUGGUGUAAACCCCCCAUGAGGAAGGUGAGGAGGCGGGGAUGUGAGACAGUUUUUAGUGGACUUGAUAUGGCCAGGGGCCGAGGCAGGGGCAGGGGUAGGGCCAGGGGUUCAUCUGGCCAACUGCGCCCUCCCUCACCUUACAGACUGCAGUUGUCUCCAUCCAGGGAGACUUUGACCUAUGCUCAGGCCCAGAAAAUUGUGGAGGUGGACCUAGAUGGAAGGCUUCAUAGGAUUAACAUUACAGAUCCUCUGCCUGUUAUAACAGAGGAUGAGAUGAUGGCCCAGGACAUUGCUGAAUGCAACAGCAACAAAGAAAACAGUGAACAGACCCAGAGCAAAGCGAGGUCAUGGAAGAAAUCGCCAAAUGUUAAAGGCAAGAGGAAUGGCAAAAAUGCAUCUCAUCAGAACCAUCGCUCUGGCUCCCAGCAGCAAACCAAUCAUACCAAUUCCUUUCAACAUCCCUCCCAAAGCCCUCUGCCUGAGCCCACCUUUCGUGUGUUGAGCACUGUGUGUCCCUCAGAUGCACCUCCUCUUCCAGCAGCUUACUACCGUUAUAUAGAAAAGUCAGGAGAGGAGCAGGAUUGUGAGGCUGAGUAUGACAUGGAUGAGGAGGACCUAGCCUGGCUUGAAAUGGUCAACCAGAAGAGGGUAUCAGAUGGCCAUGCCUCGGUGUCACCAGAAACCUUUGAGCUGUUGAUCGACCGCCUGGAGAGGGAGUCCAUCCUGGAGUCCCGUAGUCAGGCUCUGUCCCAGGGUGCUAUAGACGAGGACGCCUUCUGCUGUGUCUGCCUUGAUGACGAGUGUCUAAACAGCAAUGUCAUCCUGUUCUGUGACAUCUGCAAUCUGGCUGUCCACCAGGAGUGUUAUGGUGUGCCCUACGUCCCUGAGGGCCAGUGGCUGUGCCGCUGCUGCCUGCAGUCCCCUUCUCGUCCUGUAGACUGUGUGCUCUGUCCCAACCGGGGAGGUGCCUUUAAACAGACAAGUGAUGGACGCUGGGCUCAUGUUGUCUGUGCCAUAUGGAUCCCUGAGGUGUGUUUUGCCAACACUGUGUUCUUGGAGCCUGUUGAGGGGGUCAAGAACAUCCCUACUGCUCGCUGGAAGCUCACCUGCUACCUGUGCAAGCAGAAAGGCAGAGGGGCGUCUAUCCAGUGCCACAAAGCCAAUUGCUACAGGGCCUUCCAUGUCACCUGUGCCCAGAAGGCUGGACUAUUUAUGAAGAUAGACCCUGUUCGAGAGACGGGUGUCAAUGGAACCACCUUCUCUGUGAAGAAGACCGCCUUCUGUGAGCAUCAUUCUCCAGUUGGGUCACGGCAGGAUGGAUCUGGAGAUGAGGCAAUAGAGGGUAGACUAGUGGGAGGCAGGGGUAACCGAGGUCAGAGGUCCUACACCCAAAGCCCACCUUCACCACAGAACAAAAAGACUCCCAAGGGGCAAAAGAAGAAGACAAAGAGAGGGUCUGGUGGUUCAAGCCGUCGCUCUGCUGUUCCUGUGCUACUAGUGCCUCAAAUUCCUUCUCACAGGCUUAAUAAGAUCUGUACCGGGGUUGCUGUCCAGAGGAAAAAUCAGUUCAUGCAAAGGCUUCAUAACUACUGGCUACUCAAACGACAGUCACGCAAUGGCAUGCCCCUUAUACGACGACUUCACUCACACAUGCAGGCCCACAAGACUGCUGAACAGAAGGAGCCUGAUGAGAAGCUAUGUGCUGCGAGAGAGGAGUUGCGGUACUGGCAAAAGUUGAGACAAGACCUGGAAAGAGCCAGGCUCCUAGUGGAACUCAUCCGCAAGAGAGAGAGACUAAAGAGAGAACAGAUGAAAAUUCAGCAAGCUGCUCUAGAACUGAAGUUGACCCCUGCUCUAGUAUUGCUCCGCUCUACCCUAGACUUACUUCAGGAGAAGGACACAGCCAAGAUCUUCUCUCAGCCUGUCAAUCUAGCUGAGGUACCAGAUUACCUGGAGUUUAUUUCCGAACCUAUGGAUCUCUCCACUAUGCGUGCCAAACUGGAGGCACAUGCCUACUGCUCUAUAGCAGACCUUGAGAGUGACUUUGACCUCAUGGUCUCAAACUGUCUGAAAUACAACUCCAAGGAUACUAUGUUCCAUAAAGCGGCUCUGCACCUGCGGGAGGUGGGAGGAGCCAUUUUGCGUCAUGCUCACCGGCAGGCUCAGAGUAUUGGCCUGGACCCGAGCACUGGCAUGCACCUCCCAGAGGCUCCGAACAAACAUGGCUUCUACCACUGCACCUGGGAUGAUGUUGACCCUAUCCUGAAUCCUGAGAACAGAGUACAUUUAACCACAGAUGAGCAGCUAAAGGCCCUGCUGGACAAACUGGACAUGGUUAUGUCUAUGCGUUCCAGUGGCGGACGAACCAAGCGCAUUCGGCUGUUGCGCAGAGAGAUCAACACUCUCAGGCAGAAGGUAAACCAGCAGCAGCAUAAUUCUCAGUCUUUCAAUGGUAAUGACAAGGAAGAGGAAGAGGAAAAUGAAGAAGAGGAACAGAAAGAGGAGAAGAAACAAGAAAAAGCAAAGAAAGACACUGUAGAUUCUGAACCUUUAACACUGGCAUCUACACCUGGGAUAGAUGACUCUCCACCUGUACUAGAGCUCACAUGCCCAGUGUCAUCACCGCUACCUGGCGAUGCACCACUUGAACCCCCUGUCUUGGGCAUAGUAACUGGAGGGCGAAGGUCACCUGGGCGCUCUUACAAGCGUCAGAGGUCAGUUCGCAAUGGCAGCAAAAGCCAGGGUGAGGAUGAAGCUGAAGUUGGAGAGACCCCAUGUUCACAACCAGAGGCCAUCCACGAAGUUACCCCGUUGGGAACGCCACCAACUCCACCUCUUGUUGGAGUUGGCCGUCGCACAUCUGUGCUUUUUAAGAAAGCUAAAAAUGGAGCGAGACAGGCCAAAACUAAGACUCCACUGCAACAAAAUGGAAAAACUUCAGAGGAUAAAGCCAACGGCUUGAACAGCAGGCCUGCCAGUCCAAAUUCUCCUAGUAUGACCAGUAUAUCUACCCCAACCCCUACACCUACACCUCCCUCUCCUUCCUCACACCACCUGAGAUCUAGAGGCUACAGCACAGAGAGUGAAGCAGAUAGAACACUUUCAUCACUCAGAGAGGAAGGCUUGACAAAUGGACUUGGAAAGCACAAGGACAUCUCUUCAGACGAUCCUGAUGACCAAAAAUUAAACUGUAGUGUCCCUCCACCCAAACGCAGUCGAGGUAAACCAGCGCUGGUGAAAGCACCCAACAGUGAGAAUGAGGAUGACUCUGCCUCUGGAAGGACUAUACUUCUCUCUUUAGACAGUGAGACAGAGCUCACCCCUCUGGACCUAGUUUGGGCCAAAUGUCGAGGCUAUCCGUCCUAUCCAGCCAUGAUUGUCAACCCUGACAUGCCCCAGGAAGGGCUGCUUCACAAUGGCAUCCCCAUUCCUGUGCCCCCCACAGAGGUGCUCAAACUGGGUGAACAGAGACAAGCCGAAACAGUCGAGAAGCUCUUCCUAGUGCUCUUCUUUGACACAAAAAGGACUUGGCAAUGGUUGCCUCGGGACAAAUUGAUCCCGCUGGGGAUGGAUGACACUGUAGACAAACUGCGUCUGAUGGAGGGCAAGAAACCCAGUGUUCGCAAGUCAGUGCACACAGCAUAUGACAGAGCCAUGGUACACUUAAACCAUGUGAGGGGAAACCUCAACUUCACACCCUCCAAUUUUAUAUGAAUGAUUUUAGUUAUGAUCAUCAAUUCACAGGUUGCCUGGUUUGUUGAACUGAAACCUAAUCGUUUAAGCCCCUAAACAGGUGAGCAAGAAACAAAUUAGGGUUUCUAUUUUAACAGUUAGAUUUUUUUUUUUUUUUGGUUUUUUUUUUUUUUUUUUGCAUUUUUGGCUUUAUUUGAUAGUGACGACUGUAGAGAGACAGGAAAGAGAGAGGGGAUGACAUGCAGCAUAGGGCCCGCGCCCAGGCCGCUGCGGUAAGGACUCAGCCUUAUGUGGCUACCAGGUGAGCCACCAGGGUGCCCCAACAGUUGGAUUUUAAUUUGAAGUGGACUGAUUUGAGCAUUAAAUCAGUGUUGCUCAUGUCUAUGAAAGGUUUUAUAUGGUUUGUCAUUUUACGGGGAAAGAAGCAUCUGAGCUUGAAGAGUUGGGUUUUUAUUUUUAGAUUAAAUUGUGAUUGUUAAUCAUGUAACUAUUUUAGUUUGUUUACUUCUGGUUUUCUGUAUUACACUACCACUGUUGCUAUGUGUUGGUAUGAAGUUUGUUUUAGGCCAAAGUGAAUCAAGACCUUGAAGGGGGAAAACUGUAAAUAUUUUAAUCUGAAAGGGACUGGCUUGAUUCAAAGCAUAUUCAGAUUGUAUGUACCAUUGAAAUGUCAUUGCUUUUUUUAUGGAGUGUUGAGUCCUGCCUACGGCUCACAUGUCUUGUUCCUAUGUUGAGCAAGUUUGUGUCAUUAUCUAUGGACAAAGAUCACUAUCUUUUUUAACCUAUCCUUAAAUUAUAUGAUCGGGAUAUCCCCAGUGGUGUUAUUUAAAAGGUAGUCAUUUUGUAGAGAAAAAAAAAUGAGGGGCACAAAGCACAUGCCUCUCAUUCACAUCCUCUAUUUCCUCCAUUCAUCAAGCCAUCUUGUAAUAAGACAGCUCAUUUAGCAAAGUUAACUUAAAACAGACACAAUUAGGUUUAUUUUUAAAAAGACCGUCAAAACCUGCUGUAGGCCGAAGUGACAUCAGACUUACACAGGCAGUCAUAGCGUCCGAGUGGUGCCGGGCUUUACUGGAGAAAUAUCUUUUAUGUAUUUGAAAAUUAAUUUUAAUGUUUCAUUGAUCACAAAGCGGCAUCAACAAGUAUUUUAAAGUGACAGAAAGAAUGAUUAUUAUUUUUUUGUCCAUAAACCACCUGCACAAGCCCAACUUUGACCCUACAGAGGGUGGAGGAUUUUGAGCUUGUUUUUUUCCCUAUUGUGAAGCUGUUUUGUACUCAAUAAUGUUAGAAUGUCAGAGGUGAUUGGUGCAGCUAUAUGGUUUAACAGUAAAAUGUAAAUUCACUAUAAAGAGGAUGAUGCUCAUUAUUUGUGGUCAUUAAUGAAUUUGCUGCAAAUCCCUUAAUAACUUGUAAAUGUUGAUAAAUUUGGCUGUAGUGAAUCAAAAAGCACAAUCGGUCUGUUUUGAAAAGCGUUAUCAAAUUGACUCAUGGAGCUGUACAUGUGGCAAAAACCGUGUAUAAAAACUCAUUUUAGUAAACGUGCAUGUGUAUAGUUUUGUAAAUAUGUAAAUGUAUGUUUAUACUGGCUUACAUUAAGUAAUUUAAGGAAUGCAAAAAUCUAAUUAGAUUUUAAUUUAUAUUGUGUGACAGUUGAAAGGGUGUUAUUUAAAAAGUAAAUAUUGGAAAAGACUUAUGUAUGAUGUCCAGUAGCUCUUUGUAAUAGUGAUGGUACUUACCAAAAUGUCCGACCAAGUUCCCUAGCAGUCAGCUGGCACAAAACCUUAGCUCUAUAGGCAUGAGUGAGUGCACUAGCCUACUAGACCUUUCUUUCUUUGGCGGCACGGGAGAUUUUUGAUCUUGUCAUUUGAAUUGUACUGCAAGAUCUACAAUCUAUCCGAGACAAUAUUUUCUCACACAAGAAUAAAUACUGUUUGAAAUGAUCAUGUUGUAUGAUUGUGUUGUAUGAUUGCUUCUUAAAUUCUUCUUGAACCCAACCAUGUUUCCAGCACCACCAUUUAUGAAUUCAGAGAAUCUGCUGAGAUUCCCUCGGGUCAAGGAAGUCUCCAUGCACAGAAGCCCGGAUAGACCUCUUUGUCCCGAUUUUGAUUCUAGCACCACCCAUGGGUGCCGAAGUGUCAAACGAGAAACACUCAGACCUCUACUAACCAACAUAUUGCGAGUCAUGCUAAAUAAGUGUCAGCUGAACUGCCAAAAUGCUAAGUGCCAACUCUUUCACUGUCAAUUAUCAAUGAAUAACAGCUUAUCCAUGAACGUUUGAUUCUGAUUUACUCCAUGAAACCUCUGUACCAGAAUAAUCACAAAUGUAGAUCUGUACAAUUUGGGACAUUUUCCAGGGACCUAGGAACUUCCCUUUAUAACACAAUGAUGAAGUUACUGUUUGGAAACUUAAUGAACAAAGCACCCUAAAGUUUGCCUUAAUCUAAAGCGUUGAUGUGAAGGAUGACAUCUCUUCAGCAAACCACAUGUUCUACUCAGACAAGAAUUUGGCUCCAAGCAAUAAAGAGCAU